GUCACCUUAACAUUGCUUUGAAAGUUUUGAUUAAAAAAUGUGAGUGUGAUACUGUGAUAUCAUAUAUUACAUCAUAGAAAUAGAAAUUCUCACAGCUGGGGACUACUUGGGAUUCUCUCUCGUGGGUCUUUGAAAGGCAAAGACUUUGUUUUCCCACUGCAUAAGUAGCACUCAAAGCCAAAGCAAAUUCAAAUACUCAUUUUCGUUUGCUACACUGUCAUCAUUUUUUUCUCCCUUUGGCCGUGGAUGCAGAAAUGGAGAGCUUAAAAACACCUUUCAAGGGUGUUUUGAACGAUAUUCGAGGAAGAUUGGUGCACUAUAAAGAAGAUUGGACUUCUGGUUUCCGUUCAGGAAAAGGGAUAUUGGCCCCAACUACCUAUAUUUUCUUCGCUUCUGCUCUACCUGUUAUUGCCUUUGGCGAACAGAUAAGUAAAGACACAGAUGGAAGCUUGAGCACCGUAGAAACACUGGCUUCUACAGCUAUUUGUGGCAUCAUACACUCAAUUUUGGGAGGCCAGCCUCUCCUAAUAGUAGGAGUUGCUGAACCCACUAUCAUUAUGUACACAUAUUUGUACAAUUUUGCUAAAGAUAGGGACUCCUUGGGACGCGAACUCUUUUUAGCUUGGGCAGGAUGGGUUUGUGUGUGGACUGCUCUCUUGCUGUUUCUUUUAGCAAUAUUCAAUGCUGGCAAUAUCAUUAAUAGAUUUACAAGGAUUGCUGGUGAACUUUUUGGCAUGUUGAUCACUGUCUUGUUCAUUCAAGAGGCUAUCAAGGGAAUGAUAAGUGAGUUCAAUCUUCCUAAGGAUGGAAACCCAACAGCGGAAAAGUACCACUCUCCUUGGCUAUAUGCAAAUGGAUUGUUGGGUAUUAUAUUCACCUUUGGCCUUCUCUAUACUUCUUUAAAAAGCAGAAGAGCGAGGUCAUGGUACUAUGGGACAGGGUGGUUCAGAAGUUUCGUAGCAGAUUAUGGGGUGCCUUUCAUGGUGGUGGUGUGGACAGCACUGUCAUUUGUAGUACCAAGUAAAGUGCCUUCUGGUGUUCCCAGAAGGCUCACUUCUCCUCUGGCUUGGGAAUCUACUUCCUUACAUCAUUGGACAGUAAUCAAAGAUAUGGGGAAGGUUUCUCCGGCAUAUAUUUUUGCUGCUUUUAUUCCUGCCUUAAUGAUCGCUGGACUCUACUUCUUUGAUCAUAGUGUGGCUUCUCAGCUGGCACAACAGAAGGAGUUCAAUCUCAGAAAACCUUCUGCAUAUCACUAUGACAUAUUGUUGCUAGGAUUCAUGACAUUGCUUUGUGGAUUAAUUGGCCUACCCCCUUCAAAUGGAGUUCUGCCUCAAUCCCCUAUGCACACCAAGAGCCUAUCUGUUUUCAAGAAACAAUUGAUCCGAAGAAAGAUGGUUCAAAGUGCCAAGGAAAGCAUAAGGUUGAAAGCUAGCAACUCUGAAAUAUAUGGGAAGAUGGAAGCAGUGUUCAUAGAAAUGGAUAACAGCCCAGAUGAUCAUGCAGUGGCCAAAGAACUAGAGGAUUUGAAAGUGGUUGUUCUAAAUGGUGAAGACAAAGGAAACAACAAUAAGAAUAACUUUGAUCCUGAGAAACACAUUGAUGCAUAUUUGCCUGUCAGAGUAAAGGAGCAGAGAUUGAGCAAUCUUUUACAAUCACUCCUUGUAGGAGCAUCAGUCUUUGCUAUGCCUGCGAUAAGAAAGAUACCAACUUCAGUUCUGUGGGGAUACUUUGCUUACAUGGCCAUAGAUAGUCUUCCAGGGAAUCAAUUCUGGGAAAGGAUACUACUUCUUUUUGUAACACCUAGUAGGUGGUACAAGUUGUUGGAAGGGGAUCAUGCUUCAUUUGUGGAAUCAGUACCUCAUAGAUACAUAGUCUUUUUUACACUCUUCCAAUGUGUAUAUUUUUUGGUUUGUUUUGGAGUGACAUGGAUCCCCAUAGCUGGAAUACUAUUCCCUUUGCCUUUCUUUUUGCUGAUCACAUUGAGGCAGCAUAUACUCCCCAAGCUGUUCAAACCUCACCAUCUUAGGGAACUAGAUGCGGCUGAAUAUGAAGAAAUAGCUGGUGCUCCAGGACUUAGUUUCAAUAUGUCUUUCAGGAUGGUGGAAUCACCCAGAGUUGGAUCCAAGGAAAUGGAUAAUGCUGAAAUAUUGGAUGGGUUAACUACUAAUAGAGGGGAGUUGAAGGUCAGAACAAGAAGCUUUUGUGAGGAAAGACAUGGCCAGGUUUAUCCUGAUGAAGUGGCGAGAAAAAUUGAUCCAAACUCACAGAUUAUCAUGGAAAUGUGAUGAAUAUGGAUAUUAUAUAAUAACUGCUCCAAUCCCUGCCGAAAGAAAAAGAUGAUAUCAAUGUAUAUAGAUAUGAAGAUCAAGUUUUAGAGUCUAAAAUUUUCAAGCUGAUGCUAUUAAGUGGUAUAGCGUAUCAUAAUAGAAACUUUAUAUGUAAAAUUAGCAAAUCAAUCACGAAAAAUAAUAGAAUUCAAAUUUCAGUGUUUUUGCUUUAGUUACUUGUAUUCCUUAUGUUAUGCACAAAAAGGUAUCAAUAUCACAUAUUAAUGCAUAAAAAGGAGCAAUCGGUAAGUAAUAAACCAACAACCUCAUCUAUGUU